AUGCCCCCUAUCGUCCCACCUGCACCGGCUGGCUUAAUUCCCAGUCCAUUCCCUCCAGAGGACCCUCCUACUGCCCGCGACGUUGCGAAGGCGGCCCACUUCGAGAUGGUCUGUACGGCUGCUUUUGCCAUUCAAUACAAGCAUGCUGUCACAACUGCCGCGAACCUGGAACACGCAAUUGGACCACUUCGCAAUGACAUCAUGAGCAUUCGCAAUGAUAUUACGAACAUGCAGGCCGAUAUCCAAGCCAGCCAACAACGACAAGCAGAUGCGCAACGAUGUGCAGCACGUGCGUACAAUCGGCAGGUUCAGCUGGGUGAUCAUAGUCCAUUCGAAGAAGUGCCCUGGAAAGAUGGAACCUACCCAUGGGGAUACAUGUUGAAUAACCAACCCCUGCCUAAAUUGACCUCAGCCGAGGUGGUACGCGCUUUGGACAACCGGCAAUCUCAAAAGUACUACUCAGGGUACUACCCUGGGGUGAAUGUUCCGGAUGAUCGCAAUGAGCGCGACAAAGCCACCCUGAUCGCAAUCGGUGUUCCAGCCAGGAUCGCUGGGAUGGCAGUCGAGCGAGACGGACGACGAGAAACGGAGAAGCAGGGAGCGACUUGUCUCGUACCCAUCCCCUGUUGGAACAACCGGUGCGACGGCGCGGCGAGCGCGUUUGUCCACAGCGAUGCCCGUAAGGGACAAUCGCGUGCGGGAGGGAGGGGGGUAUCCGUCACGCCCUGGCGCUUAACGCGCCUGCAGCGUGUCUUGCCUGCGACACAUAGUAUGGCUCCCGCUAUGUCCACUCUUGCCGAGUUCUCGUAUGGUCUUUCGACGCUCUUGGCAUCCAUCCUCAAGAAAGCCUGUGAGGAAGCAGCAAAAACGCACCAGUAUCUGCAGAGACAGAAGCCCCGAGUGGUCGUCAAAGAUAUCGCUGCCCAAGUCCGAAGCUGGCGGGGAGUCCAGGUCGGAGUCAGAAUCGUCAACGACACUGCGUAG